AUGAAACAUUGACAUUAUAUAAUUUAAAUAUAUUAAUAUUACAAUUUUCACACAAAACUGGCUUAUUUUCAUAAAACUGGUCGUGUUAUUUAGUGUAGUGCAGUGUAUUUGUGUAGCUGUGAACAUUUUGUGUCUAUUUCGUGUGUGUUCUAUGUGUUUUCUAAACUUGAUACAAACAACAGCCCCAUGGGCCCAGUGGUAACCUAUGUGGUCCUGGGUUCGAGUUUAGACCAUGUUACUCCGAAGUAGUGAGAUAUAAAAGAUGACAAGAUGGUUCGGUCCGUGUACGCUACGUUGCUUGUACUGUCCGUGACCGCGCAGGCGAGCUCACAGUUCUUUGAUUUCUUCUCAGCGCUACAACCAGUUGGUCAACCGACAUUACGUCCGUUUUUCCAACUAGACAUCACAACUAAACGAGCACGAACCACCAAAAGGCCUACCACUACGACAAAAAGGGCCCCCUACAUAUUCGUUCCAAUCGAAUCUACAAAAAGACCACAAACAACAGAACAAAAGACUAAAAAUUCUUUCUACAGCACAACAGCGAAACCUACAAGAAAAACAACCAAAAAUACCAGAAGAAUCGACACAUCUAGAGAUACCAAGUUAAUUAGUAAAGAAACUUCUAGAAAUAACAAUGGAAGCAUACAGAAACCUAAACAAAUAGGUAACACAAGAAAUGUCAACGUAAAUGCAUUUAAUAAUGACAAAUCUAAAUCACUUUAUAGUAAUAAUGAUGAUAGGUUAAUCUUUGAUGAUGGGAAAAGAAACACAGUUAUUAACUAUGACACGACUAAAUCUUACAUCAACCAAGAUGUGACCAAAAAGAAUCAAAUUGUCUAUGCCAGGCCUGGUGUAAAGCCUAUGAUAGUCAACGGCCCCCCAAUAACAAAUAGGCCUGUCACUCAGAGGCCGUUUUUCGGUCCACAUGACGAUGACGUCACUCCAGAACUGAUUAUUGGACCCAAUGAGGAUUUCAUGAGCACUGUGGACAAGAAAAGGCAUAUUGAAGUACUUGAGAAAAUGUGUGACCGGUACAAGUCACUGGACGUCAAGCAGGUGCAGGCCAUCCCCCUGCUGCCGUCCCCUGACGCCGUGCGCGUCAACGUGUCCACCUGCGCGCCGCAGGAGACGCCGCUCAUAGUGGGGGGGAAGGUCGCCUCCAUCCAGCAGUUCCGCCACAUGGCGCUGCUGGGCUGGACCAACCUCCAGCACGGCGGUUACUCCUGGAAGUGCGGCGGCUCGCUGGUGAGCAAUCGGUUCGUGCUGACGGCGGGACACUGCGCGUACCAGGACCGGGACAACAGCGUCGCCUUGGGUCCUCCGAAGGUGGUCCAGCUCGGCUCUAGCUCGCUGGGCGACCCCGCUGCGACGCUGGUGAAGGUGGCGGCGGUGGUGCGUCACCCCAAGUACAAAGUGCCCAAGUCGUACUACGACAUCGCUCUCGUCAAAAUGGCCCACACUAUCUCAUUUUCAAGCCUGAUCAGGCCUGCUUGCCUGGGCAUCCCGCCUGCGCCUGGGAGGCCUAUCAUCGCCACCGGCUGGGGCAAGACGGAGUUCGGAGGUGAUCUCUCCCAAGAACUGCGCAGCGUGUCUCUGCCGAUAUGGGACAUUACAGAGUGCUACGAAGCUCUGGGAACUUCUAGAAGGCUGCCAGAAGGACCUGAUAGUGACAGCCAGAUCUGCGCGGGAGAGAGGAGAGGGGGAAAAGAUACCUGUCAGGGCGAUUCAGGUGGUCCGGCACAAAUACAAGAUGGCUGCACAUGGAGAGUGGUCGCCGUCACUUCGUUGGGAAGAUCGUGCGGCGCCGUGGAAACCCCGGCUCUCUACGCCAAAGUACCGAGAGCAUUCGUAUCCGCUGUUGUCUUCGGUGACAACAAUCAACAAUCGAACAACAAUCAGUGGAGCACGCAACAACAAACGAGCACCCAAAAGAACAAUAACCAACAGUGGAACAAUCAACCAACAAAUCAAUGGAACACCCAACAACAAUCGAAUAAUCAAAAACAGAACAACAAUCAACAAACAAAUCAAUGGAACACACAACAAACGAAUAAUCAAAAACAGAACAACAAUCAACAAACAAAUCAAUGGAACACACAACAAACGAAUAACCAAAAACAGAACAACCAGCAGUGGAAUAAUCAACCAUCCAACCAAUGGAAUACACAACAACAAACUAGUACUCAAAAACAAAUCACAAACCAACAAUGGAAUAAUCAACCAUCCAACCAAUGGAAUACACAACAACAAUCAAACAAUAAACAAAACUGGAACAACAAUCAGGAAGAAAGUUGGACUUGGAAUCGACAAGGGAAUUACAACCAAGAAUCCAACAACGGAUAUACCAAUAACAACGUAAAGAGAAACGAUCAAAACAAUUAUUAUAAUCAAAACGAAUACAACGUCCAGAAACAACAUGAAAAUAACUACAACCAAAAUCAUGGAAGUAAUUAUAACAGUGAUCAAUCGAGUAAUGUUUAUACAACAAAAAAACCCACUUAUAAUCAAAACUACGGUUAUAGUAACAGUUAUACAGAACAACCAGUAUACAACCAACAUAAUGCGUAUACUUUAGACAACCCAGUGUAUAACCAACAAAAUGGUUACACAACAGAGAAACCGAAAACUGGUUACAAUUCCCAAAGUGGUUACUAUAGCGGUUAUGAGGAACCAUCUGGUUAUCGGAAUGAUGACAGAGUGUGGUGGACUUGAAAUCAUUAAUAACCCACUUUUAUUGCGGCAUCGUCUCUUCUGAUAGAGAUGCUAAAACCCACCACGCUAUUUCAGAGCGAGUUAGCGGGUGAUUUUGUAACGAUCUCACAGUUAAUAUCGUGCUCGCCAUAGCACGGUAGUGUACCAUGCAGUUACUUGGAAUUUCUCGAAAAGAAUAUAAAUCUGUAAAAAUAUCGCACGCGACUUUGUUGUGGAAUUCAGUUUUUCACAAAUCCCUCGGAAACCAUAGAUUUUUCCCGAAUAAAAAGUAACCUAUGUGUUAAUCCAGGCUAUAAUAUAUCUCAAUACCAAAUUUCAGCUAAUUCGGUUCAGUGGUCGAGGCGUGAAAGAGUAACAAACAUUCAAAUUAUCAAAAUCAUCAGUUUUCGCAAAUCUCGGGAAACCAUGGAUUUUUCCGGGAUGAAAAGUAGCCUAUGUAAUAAUCCAGAGUAAAAUCUACUUAAAUUCCAAAUUUCAGCCAAAUCGCUUAAGUAGUAGCGGCCUUAAAGAGUAACAAACAUCCAAACACUUUUGCGUUUAUAAUAUUAUAGCUUAGCUACUUCGUUCGUAACACUCCCUAUGUUCCGUGUGGGGCGGGGGGCGUGUAGCGAUGAAUGACAAACUCACGACUGAUGAACGUCACUUUUUCACACCCACGCAGUCUUUCUCCCCGUCGCCCGCAUAUCAUGGGAGUGUUAUCAACGAACUUCAGAGAUAUAGUACGAUAAUCCAAACCAAGACCAGGUCUCAACCCCAGGAUCUCAUGACUAAUGUACAUACUGACCAUUGGACCAAUAAAUCAAAAAUCAAUAAACUUAAGACCUCUAUGUAAAUAUUUAAUUUUAAGCGACUUUCUUUAAGUUAAAAUAAUUAUUAUGUAAAACUGAACAAAAUAUAAUAAUAAGAGGAAUUAUAGAGAACCUAACCAAACAUUUUUAAACUAUAUUUUGUGUAAAUAUUUUCAAAGUACCUAAUUUUAAAGAAUUAAGUAAUUAUGUAUAAGAACCACGUCAGCUAACGUCACAACGUAAAUAAUGUUAAUUUAUUAAAAAAAUACUUAAAUGUGUACUUACUAAAAUUAUGUUUCAUGUGGUGUCAUAAACAAUAAUUAAUUACAAAUUCAUAAUUGUUUUUAAUAAAUAAUACUAAGAAAUUAAACACGCGAUUCAAUUGAUUAAUUGAAUCACGUGAUCACGAGAGAGGAGACUCGUGCUCAGCAGUGAGACGAAUAUAGGUUGAUAAUGAUGAUAAUGAAAUAACAACCAACAACAGAACCAACCAUGAAAUCAGUGGAAUACCAAAAAAGUACUCAAAAGCACCAACAAACCAACAGUUGAAUAAUCAACCAUCAAAUCAAUGGAACAAUCAACAACAAUCAAAUAAUUGUAACGGGGCUUCCAUAACUUAUAGAUAUUGAAAUUAAAGUCCAACUUCUCUUGUAUACAUUUUAAUUCCAUCUACACCAUAAGUACAAUAAACCUCGACAUUGACAAUAUCACGAAAUCUCGUAACAAUUAAUUUUCGUAUAUUUUCAUUUCAUUUACAUGCAAUGAUUAUUAAUUUUGUAAUUAAAUCGAAAAUCUAAUUUCGUCGUCCACCAUUUCAUGACUCCCUCUCGCGUCACCACUUUUUCUUUUUUCGUAUGCAAAAAGGCAAAUGCAUUACAACGUACAGCCAUAGAAUAUUUAUGUAAUUUAUUAUUAAAAUUAAAUCCUUAGCCAUACUGCCGGACGUGUCAAUAGUGUUCUUAUGAAUUUCUUUUUGUAUAUCAUUAUAACAUUCCAUAUAAAUUUAACUAGAAAAAUCACAUUUUAGACGAUAAUAUUUACGAAGCCUUACAUAAUCAAAAAAAAUUUUAUAAUCAUAUUUUUUUUUGAAAUCAUGCAAAUGAUUUAUGUUGACAUUACGAUGAACUGAUUUUUAUUAUUUUUAAUUGUAUUUCUGGCUUCAUUUUGAAGGAAUAUGUAAAUAAAAGAAACUACAUUUAAAAUUUCGUUUAGAAGUUUUGUGUUAAAAUGCUUACGGAAACCUUUCAGAAAUAAAAAUACGUAUCAGCUUUCUAAUUUUAAAAUACCUAAUUUUCAAAAUCGGUCGAGUUGUUUUACUUAGAUCAUGACAAAGAAACAAAAAACAAAUGACGUCUUUAAAAUAUUAGAUUACAUUUAGCUCAAUAGAUAUUAUAUUGAAAUGAAAUUUUAAAUGUACAAAUAAACUUUUUAAAUAUUGUCUGUAAAUUUUUUUAAUGAUUUUUUUAAUGUUGUAUUAAGUUUAAUUAUAAGACAUAACCGUAUUGCUCAAAAUAUCCUUAAAAAUAAAUUUAUAUUUUAUUA